UGCCUCCUUGGCAUCUCACGCGCGAGAACGAGGUCCGAACGUCAUUAAGGGGGAUCCAAAAUACAUCUCCAAAGAUAGCCACGUGCAUUUCGUUGCUUCUGACUACGUCAGCGAUUUUAACCUCAAAGCGACCCACGUACUUCACAAUCUCUCGCAAGCAGAGCUUUAUGAGCUUGCGAUCAAGGAUGAGAAGGGGACGUACGUCACUUCAACUGGAGCGCUUGCUACUCUGUCUGGAGCGAAGACAGGACGUUCUCCUAAGGACAAGCGCAUUGUGAAGGAAGAGACCUCACAGGAUGACCUGUGGUGGGGGAAAGGUUCACCGAACAUUGAGAUGGACGAAGAGACAUUCUUUAUCAACCGCGAGCGUGCUGUCGACUAUCUUAAAUCUCUGGAUAAGGUCUUCGUGAACGACCAGUUUUUGAACUGGGACAAGGACAAUCGGGUCAAAGUCAGAAUCAUCACCUCUCGUGCUUAUCACGCUCUUUUCAUGCACAACAUGUGCAUUCGGCCAACUCCUGAAGAGCUGGAAACGUUUGGUGAACCUGCCUUUACUAUCUAUAAUGGUGGGAAGUUUCCAUGCAACCGUUUCACUCACUACAUGACAUCGUCGACCAGCAUUGACAUCAACCUGAAGAGGAGGGAAAUGGUUAUUCUCGGAACUCAGUAUGCUGGCGAGAUGAAGAAGGGGCUCUUUGGGUUCAUGCAUUAUUUGAUGCCAAAGAGAGGAAUACUGUCACUUCAUUCUGGCUGCAAUAUGGGAAAUGGCGGUGACGUAUCCUUGUUCUUUGGCCUUUCAGGCACGGGAAAGACUACGCUGUCAACUGAUCCUGAGAGGUACCUUAUUGGGGAUGAUGAGCACUGCUGGAGUGACAAUGGUAUAUCCAACAUCGAAGGAGGGUGCUAUGCAAAGUGCAUUGACCUGUCGCCCGAGAAGGAGCCAGAGAUCUUUAACGCAAUCAAGUUUGGAACAGUCUUGGAGAACGUCGUGUUUGACAGCCACACCAGGGUGGUUGACUAUGCAGACAAGUCUGUGACUGGUGAGAAAAUGUUGUUUUGUUCUGUUCAUAACUUCAAGUUCACUAACGAGCUGACACUUACAGAAAACACCCGUGCUGCGUACCCUAUCGAGUAUAUUCCGAACGCAAAGAUUCCCUGUGUUGGUCCCCACCCAAAAAAUAUCAUUCUGCUGGCCUGUGAUGCGUUUGGAGUCCUUCCGCCUGUCAGCAAGCUGACCCUUCCCCAAACGAUGUACCACUUUAUCAGUGGAUACACUGCCCUGGUCGCUGGAACUGAAGAGGGUAUCAAGGAACCGCAGGCAACAUUCUCCGCAUGUUUUGGGGCUGCUUUCAUCAUGUGGCAUCCCAUUAAGUAUGCAUGCAUGCUUGCUCAGAGGAUGCACGAGAAUGGAACUACUGCAUGGCUUGUGAACACGGGUUGGUCGGGAGGCAGCUACGGCGUGGGAAGCAGGAUGAAGCUGGCAUAUACAAGGAAGAUUAUCGAUGCGAUCCACAAUGGGUCUAUUGCAUCUGCUAGCUACAAGACAACCCCGAUAUUCUGUCUUCAAGUUCCAGACCAUGUUGAUGGUGUGCCUCAGGAGAUUCUUGAGCCGCAGAACAUG